AUAAUGGGAAGUCGAAACAAAACAACACCAAAGAUAGACAACUGUCAUAGCAACACAACUCGAAGACCUGGAUACAGGAUUAUCUCCCUUGAUUAGUGAAAGGGGCAUCACCUACUUUAGUGUUACGUAAUGUUUUCGUAUCCGUGUCUCCGGAGCGUGUACGGAUUUUGUGAUUCCGUUUGUGGUUAUAAUUGAGGAAUUGUUUAAGCGUAAGCAUUCCAUUGCCACAAGUGACGUGAAACAAGAAGAUAAGGGCGCGCAUAAUCUUUCAGCUGAAACAGGCCUUAAGGAUUCAAUAACUUAAAUUUUGUUGCAAGCUUACGCUCAAGAUUUCCACCUUUACAUCUACCUCCAGCAAACUUUAUUUUUCGACUAGACGGAUUCUAUGACAUCAAAAAUCUCAAUGUAUUUCUGUGGAGCGGAAAUUCGUGUUGCAAAACUUUCCCAUUAUUCAAAACUUCUUUUCAAAAUGAAACAUCAUAGCAAACUUAGUAUUUAAUUUGAUGGUGCUGCCAAUUUAGCCUAUUUUUUUUUGUUUCAAAGUAAUAAGCGCCAUGUCCGAAGUCUUCUGGCUCCCCAUUUCAUUACUAGUUGUCAUCGCUGCGGUGCCGCUUGGAAAACAAGACUUUGAGCUGGAUGGGAAAAAGGUGACGUGGAAGCAUGAGGGACUUCCGUACCCGCACAGGAGAAACGCCUUUCUUGGCAUGUCCGUCCACAACCUAGUGUUCUAUGGAGACCAUCAGAGGACGCAACAAAACUUUGUUACCGAACCCUCCAAGAUGAACAACGACAGCGCUUUUCGAAACGAUUCGGAACUAUUUGCAGAAGUUCUUCAGAAUGCUUCAGAGCACGGCGAGUCGUAUCGACGAUUAAACUCUUGGAUAUAUCUGACAUAUCAAAUGUAUAAAUAUCAAGAGAUUAGUUUUCACUCACCCCAGUUUGUAGCUGAUUUGAAAAGACACAUUUCUAGAUCUUCCUUAGAGGGUGUUGAUAAACGCUACGGCAAUGGAGAAAAAUACAUUUACCACAAACAAAAGUUUUCCAGGUCUGAUAAAAUGAGAUCAUUGCGCAUAUAUAAACAAAAGAAAUCAAACAACUCAAAUUUCACUUCUGCUCAAAAAGCAGCUAAAAGUGGCAAAAAGAGCGGGAUUCAAACUAACUUUUUAACCCAGAACAACGAACCGGAAGUGGAAACGCGCAAGCCCGAUCAGUUCGUGUCAUGCGAGCACGUGACAGGCUACAACACGCAUCGUUGGUUGGAAAUGGUGGUUCGUUGUCCCGGCAACUGGACGCAAGACAAUGUUCGAACUCAGUGCGAGACUUGGAAUGAUCUGGUCAUGCCGUCCUUCAGCUUCCUCCCGUUUCUUCCCGUCCAGGACGAGGGAGGGAAAGUGUACGCCAACGUCUUCUGCGCCACUUGCCAUGGUGUGGUCUCUCUCCUCCCUUGGACUUCCAAAGUAGUCUGCGAAAUUUAUGAACAAAGCAGCGCCGUCGCUCUGGUAAACGCAGCCAGUACCACCUUCCUAGCCGAGUAUCUCAGGGCGCCGCACUGCAAACGGGAGGUGGUGCCUUCCCUGCCGGACAACAUCGUAUCCUGCAAGGUGCACUCCCCUGAGCAGAACGCCCGGAAGUGCUCGACCCCCGUGUGUGACGUCGUUGGCUCGGAUUAUCCUGUGUCAUUCAAUGUGCUGAUGAACUUUGACUUUACAGGGGAUACUCAUUUACUGUUCAGCGCCAGCCCUAAACUCUCAGAGGAAUAUAUUCCUAGAUGUCGAGAAUGGGAAACGUACGACACAUACAGUCAGACGUGUCGAUCCAUCACUUGUAACAAGUUCUACACAUUAGUCGGAGAUAGAUGUGUCCCGACACAGCAUGACUCUAUGCCUUCAGAUGGGAUCACUGAUGUGCAACAACUUCGUAGCCUGGAUCAAACAGCCAUGGUCUCACUGGUUCUCAAUGUAACCUACGCAGACUACCUCAUCUUUACACUCAAUAACGGGAGUGAUGAAAACAUGGUUCGGCAGCUUGCAGAUAAACUCAACAUUAGCGCUGAAAGAGUUAAAGACGUCAACGUCACAUUCGACUUCAGCUCCACCAACGGGACGACUUUGAAGGUCACUACGCUAACAGAGGAGGAGUACAAUAAAAUAUUCCCUCCUCUGGUAGCGCAACCAGAUUCCACGACCGAUAACCCGUACGCGAAUCAAAAGAACUCCACCAGUAAAAGUAAAAACAUUAACGAGGCUCAGGUCAACAAGACCACGAACCCUAAACAAUCUGCUAGUCUCAAUCCGUCAAAGAUAAAGUCAUUUUGGGAUCAAAAGAAUUUUCUCGCUUCGAGGCAAGACCCUGGCGACUCCCGUAAUUGGCAAGACCAAAAGAGGGGAAUAGAUAAUAUAUUGAACAUGUCAGACUCGGAACCAAACGAGAACGCUUCCAUCACUUCUAGGGAAGUUGACACACGCCUGGAAGAUUUAAGAGAAGCGUUGUCCCAAAGAAAGUCGUUUAAGAAGUAUGUCCAUGAUCUGAAAAGGGCAGAGCUCUUGACCUCAGACAUUGGAAAGGUCAAAGGAUUUAGGAAGCUGAAGUCGAAAAAUGAUCUCUACGAGAAGGGGCUGGUCAUGGUGGUCAAGAACGGCUCGAACUAUUAUUACAUCAGCGAACCUUUCAAUAAUAAAAGUGAUCGAAUCGUGCUUCAGGCUGAGGACAUCGCUGCAGCUGCCUUCAUGACAGGCGUCGAGAUCCUGGACACGCUAAUGAGGCAGACCGUCAACAUGAGGGUGAACUUCGUGCUGGUCCCGCCGCACGACCCCCACUCCCACGAGGACGGUCUGAACGCGCUGCUGCAGAAGAUCGACACCAUGAUUGUGGAGAAGCGGUUCUCCCUGAAGCUAAACGGGAAUAGCGUGGACGUCAUUGACGCGGACGACAAAAGCGACAUUAUCGCCAACGCUGAAGACUUCUGUCCAUGGGGUGUUGAGUACAUGGUCUACGACGAUGAGUUCACUAUGAUGAACAUAGGCAACCAAACUCUUAUGUACAUCAAUAAAACCAAUUCUUACAUCAAUGUGGGUCUGUUCGACUUGUGGGUCAUGUUUGCGGGAAACCUAGCCGCCAACGAGACCAAUUUCACUGGCCUAAGUAAGUACGCCUUCGUUUGCUUCAUGCCCAGAAUCUUGCAGAAAGACUGCAACCGAAUAGAUCUAGAAAAUAAUGAAUAUUACCUGGCGGGUGAUAAUCGAUCCAUUAUUUUCGAAGAAAGGGAAUACGAUAUUUUCUCCUACAAAGUUGUUAAUGAAUCCACUGGGAAAGUCCAAAUCUGCGUUCCCCAGUCGUUUCACAGCAAUAUGCAGACCAUGCUGCCGCACAUCAAGCUGUACGGGGGAUGCAGUCAUGACUUCGAUACUGCCCUUAAGGUCGAAGGCUACAUGACUCUAGUGCUAGGAAGAAUAUCCGUCGCUGCACUUGCCUGUGUUUUAAUAACCUACUGCCUUUUCCCGAGGCUCAGAAAUCUCCCCGGAGUUAACACUAUGAAUUUAACAUUCGCCCUGCUAGUGGCCGAGAUUAUAUUCUCUGAAGGAAUCAACGUGAGUACUCACUGGUUGUGCUCAGCUGUGGCUAUCAGCCUGCACUUCACCUUCUUGGCUGCCCACUUUUGGAUGAAUGUGAUGAGUUAUGACGUGUAUCGAACAUUCGCCAACUCGACCUCUGUCAGUCCGCAGCUUCGAGACAGGAGGCGCUAUUUCCCGAGAUAUGCCACCUACGCUUGGGGCGUCCCCAUGCUCGUUGUUGCUUUCUGCGCAUUCAUAGACUUCUCAGAUGUAUUUGACAACAUAUCCAUAGGCUACGGCAAGGAAGUCUCCCAAGAGACCAAUUUCAGUGAUUACGACAUCAUCACUACCCAGGACGGCGAGGUAUUAAUCCAAGACAUACGUAACGCUACGGGUGAUCUCAACCUAAAUAUCGCGAGGGCAUCGGUUUGCUGGAUAACCAGACCUUUAGCAGCCCUCGUCACCUUCGGCGCGCCGAUCCUUUUGAUAUUUAUCGUCAACAGCAUCUUCUUCGCACGGACGAUUCUCAGCAUCUCAAAGACGAUGAAGCUCUCCAGAAAGAGCAUCACCAACAGACACUCCAAUUCCUCUUUUCAGAAGUUCUCCGCUCGCUCGGACGUCAUGCUGUACGUCAAGAUGUCCACGGUGAUGGGCUUCACCUGGGUGUUCGGGCUCGGAUCCUCCAUCCUAAGCUCCUUUGCCAAGCCAAUCACAUAUUCAGCCUGCAUAGCCAGCCACGUUUUGGCUAUCUGCUUCACGCUCUUCAAUGCCUCCCAAGGAGUUUUUAUUUUCAUUGCGUUUGUUUGCAAUCGCAGGGUUCUGGCGCUGUACUGUGGACUCUUUCGCAGAAUUAAGAGAUGCGUGUUCAAAAAGGAUGUUGACGCAAGGCUGUCAUCUGUUUCCACUAUAGAAUCCAAUAGAAACACGCCGAUGAGUUAUUCAAAUCGAAUUUAAUGUAUUGCCGUAGGAUUAAAAAAAUCAAAUACAUUUCCAUCUUCGCUUCAAAUUAAUAUUGCAACAUUCCAUCUUCGAGUUCAUAUGAUAUCACUAUCAGAUUGUGCUUAUCUUCGACCACAAAACAAAAAUGUGUCUUUACUGCGUAUGGAAAAGUCCUGAAACAAUUAUGUUAUAAUUUAUUUAUGUGAAUAUGUAUUUAAAGUUGGUUAAUGUGAUAACUUUGUGAUCUCUGAUCUCUAUGACUUAUCAUGUGAUAAAUGUCUUUACCUCAAGCAGUGUGCAUAUUUGAACGGUAUCUCAAAUAAUUUCAAGCAAAAAUUUAAGGAAUGUGGAGCUCUCUUAAGCAUUGGUGUAUAAUUUGACUUUAAAAUGUGCAUAUUUAUUAUUGAGAUGUCUAAAAUUUCAACAUAUUAUCAGGGCAGUAUUAAGAAUAGGCAAACUAGGCAGCAGCCUAGGGCUUCCGAUGGAUGAAAGCCUCGCACAAGACUCAAAAAAUUUCGAAACUUCGAUUAAAUAUCUAACUAGCAGAGUUCUGUGGCUCUAUGUCUACUAGCUCUAGCUGUAGAUCACACAUGUAGGUUUUUAAAAAAUAUAAAUUGUGUAAUUAUUUUUUAGUCUAUUUUUAUAUUUUCGAUUAGCAUCUAUUUUAUAUUUCUUUUGGGGCCUCCGGUUACCUAAGGGUGACCCUGAUAUUUGGGCCAGGAUCUGGAGAUAAAUUGAAUGUUAGCCUUGGAGCUUAAAAUAAAAAUGAUGAAUUAAGGGUAGUUUUAUCUUUAAUAUUUGAAAGAGUUUAAGAGUUAGCAUUACGAGAGGGUUAAGUUAAUGUUACUUUUUUUUUAUGUAGACCUAAUGAGCUCAAUAACUGAUGAUUUAGUAGUUUAUAAAAAAAAAUGUCUGCUGUCCACUCUUAAAUACCUGCAUUUUAAUUUCAUAUUUUUAUUAUUUUAUAUCCUUGUGAUAAGUUUGUAUUCGGUCAGUUCAGAUCUGGAUUUUCUAUUUCUUUUUCAUUUGUUGUUGUUGUUGUUUUUAACUCAAAGAUGAAAGAUUUUUCGAACCCAUAUUUUAGUACAUUUAUAAGUAACAUCCCCUUAUAUGAAUAGCAACGUGACCUCCGUGUCGAAGGCGCCGAUAGCAAUGCAUUGGACACAUUAUCAUGUGAAAGUAGCUGAUCUCGUUGUAAGGUUCUUCUAUAUUUAGGUCAGCUAGGGUGGGGUAAUGGGGGUCAAAAUUUGAAAAAUCUCCCCGGGCCCCAAAUGAGUGUCCGAAAUUUUGGUUUUUACAUUAAAUAUUACGCCAUUAUCUCAUGUCAUGAUGUCGAAUGUCAAAAUUCAGGGUCCCCUAUAGAUGUCAAGCCCCCCCCCCCCCGGGUCCCUGGCUACGCCACUGUAUAGACUAGACUAGUGCUCAUAACAUUUGUAUAGCCUUUGUGUGGCAAUGGGAAAGAUAUAGACGUAAGGAAUCAAGAAAGAGUCUCCAGCUAGCUUGAUAGUCGGUUGUGUCUCCUACCCUUGGAUCUAAGCCUACGUGUCUAGGUACCACUACUGUGAUACUGUUUGCAGAGUUAAAAUAUUUGUAUAAUUUGUAUUUUGUUUAUAUUCAUAUAUAUAUAUAUAGAUAUUGGAAGAUGUCAAUAAAAAAUCA